UCAUCAUUUCCCCAAGUGGUGUUCUUUCGUUGGUGUUCCUUCCCGGCUCCCAUUCGUUCGAGAAGCAAGCUUGUGCUUGGAUCACAAGCCCUCGGCCGCAUAUAGAGCCACCCUGUAUUCGGUGGCGUCAUCAUCCGUGGGAGAAGAGAAGAAUCCAGAGAGAGAGGAGAAGAGUGAGAAAAUAUGUCGGCUCUCGAGAAGACAUCCGGCGAGCACGCCGUCACCACCACGGGUGUCCACGAUGCCGAGUCCAACUCGGUCGACAAGGUUCCGAACUCGCCAACCGAUCCGGACUUCAUCGACCCUGCCGCCGAGAAACGGCUGCUGUGGAAACUGGAUCUGACCAUCUACCCGAUCCUCUACAUCGUCUACAUGAUGUCCUUCCUGGACCGGAUCAACAUCAGCAAUGCCAGAAUCCAGGGCCUGACGGGCGACCUGGAACUCACCGGCAACAGAUUCAACAUUGCCCUCUUCGUCUACUUCAUCCCAUACAUCCUGCUCGAGGUACCCAGUAACAUGCUCAUCCGCAAGGUGCGACCGUCGUUGUACCUGGGCGGGCUGAUGUUCUGCUGGGGCGUCGUCAACAUGGCCAUGGGCUUUGUCCACUCGUACGCCGCCCUGGUGGUCCUCCGCUUCUUCCUCGGCGCCUUCGAGGCCGGCGUGCUCCCCGGCAUCAUCUACCUCACCUCCAUGUACUACAAGCGCCACGAGUUCCAGACCCGCAUGAGCGUGCUCUUCAGCUCCACCCUCAUCGGCGGCGCCUUCGGCGGCCUGCUGGCCUACGCCAUCGCCCACCUUGGCGGUCGCGAGGGGUACGCCGCCUGGCGGUGGAUCUUCAUCAUCGAGGGCGCCAUCACCGCCUUCAUCUCCUUCAUCGCCGCCUUCCUGAUCGUCGACUGGCCCGAGCAGUGCAGGUACCUCAGCGCCGAGGAGAAGGCCCUGCUCAAGCGCCGCCUGGCCGCCGACGGCUCCAAGUUGUGCCGCAUGGACAAGCUCGACAGCCAAGCCACCAAGUUGAUCUUCAGCGACUACAAGAUCUGGCUCGGUUCUCUCAUGUACAUGGGCAUCGGCACCACCGGCUACGCCACCACUUUCUUCAUGCCCACCAUCCUCUCCGAAUUCCACUGGACCGCCCGAGAGGCGCAGGUGCACACCAUCCCCGUCUACGUCGUGGCGGCGGCGGGCAUGCUCUCCGCAUCCUGGGCCUCUGACCGGCUCAAGCACCGGUACGGCUUCAUCGUGCUGGGGGUCCUCAUCGCCACCAUGGGCUACAGCAUCCUGCUCGCGCAGACCACCGACGGCGGCCUGAGCCGGGACACAAAGUACGCCGCCGUCUUCCUCGUCUGCCUGGGCGGCUACAUCGCGACGCCCAUGCCGCUCGCCUGGCUGGCCAACAACGUGUCCGGCCACUGGAAGCGCGCCUUCGCGUCGGGCCUGCAGAUCACCCUCGGCAACAUCGCCGGCAUCGUCGGCGCCAACAUCUUCCUCGUAGACGAGGCCCCCACCUACCACACCGGCUACGGCGUCGCCUUCGGCAUGCUCUGGAUGGGCUGCAUCGCAGCCACCGCCAUGUUCUUCCUCAUGCGCCGCGAGAACGCCAGGCGCGACGCCGGAGAGAUGGACCACCGCCUCGCCGAGCCCCAGGAGAAGGUCAACAACAUGGGCGACCACCACCCGAGCUUCCGCUUCACCCUGUAAGAAAAACAAAAGGACCGACGAGAAAAUGGGCCGCCAGUAGAGGCAGGUCGUAUCAAAUACCACAUGAGGGCUCGCUCUUUUUGUUUGCUCUCCUGGACUGGCUGUGUGUGAACAUACAUCUCACUCUUUUUCUUGUCCGCAUAUUGCAAGCCA